CUGAUGAAGGUGGCAGCCCAGAACCUGGUGCAGAACUCGAACAUCGACAACGGGCAGAAGAGCGCGGACGGGGCCCUGCAGCGCUUUGACAAGAGCCUGGAGGAGUUCUACGCGCUGUGUGACCAGCUGGAGCUGUGCCUGCGCCUGGCGCACGAGUGCCUCUCGCAGAGCUUCGACAGCACCAAGCACUCGCCCACGCUGGUGCCCACGGCCACGAAGCCCGAGGCGGGCGCCGGCGAGAGCCUCCCCUACACCCAGUACCUGCCGCUCAUCAAGGCGCAGAUCGCGGGCGCCAAGGACAUCCACAACGCGCUGCUCGAGGGCGCCAACAAGAUCACGGGCAAGCUGCCGCCGCCGGGCGCGCCCUGAGCCUGGGGACACCGGGGACAUUGUCCCCUAUGGGCAGCCCCGGGUCCCCUCCUUGGUGUCCCAGGGGUCUCGGGUGAGUUGUGUCACCCCAAGCGCCCCCUGAGCACGCGGGGUUGCUGCGGACACUGGGGACACUGAGGCCAUUGUGCCCUAUGGACCCCAU